AUGGGAUCGACACCCUAUCCUGCAUGGAAUCUAAACGACCCACCAUUGUCAGCCGACGAAAUAGAGGAAUCAUUCGUUGACCUGACCAAUAAGUUUGGUUUCCAAAGAGACAACAUGAAUAAUAUGUAUGACCAUUUUAUGACCAUGCUGGAUUCCCGCUCCUCUCGUAUGACUCCUGUGCAAGCGCUACAUUCACUACAUGCUGACUACAUCGGUGGCCCGCACUCCAACUACACAAAAUGGUAUUUUGCUGUUCAAAUGGAUGAUGUUGAUAACGCUGCCACUGGUUAUCUUGGUAUUGGGUUGGAAGAAUCCAAGAAGCUGUGGCAAAACAAAAUGGAAAGCCUUCCUAAUGAAGAACGAGCUCAACAAUUGAUCUUGUUUUUACUGAUGUGGGGCGAGGCCGCGACCGUCCGAUACACAUCAGAAUGUAUAUGCUUUCUGUUCAAAUUAGCAGACGACUAUCGUAAAGGACAUUACUCCCAAGACAUUGUGAGCCAAGAAGGCGAUUUCUUGGAAACUGUCAUCACACCACUAUACCGAUUUGUGCGAGAACGUCUUUACGAAACUGUCGACGGAAAAUUCAUCAAAAGAGAGCGCGAUCAUCAAGAUAUCAUUGGAUACGAUGACGUUAACCAGUUGUUCUGGAGGAAGGAAACAAUCGAGCUCCUCAGAUUGUACGAUGGCAGACUGCUUUCCAACAUUCGCCCUGACCAAAGGUACACAGCCAUUAAAACUAUCAAUUGGAAAUCAGCGUUCCAGAAGACCUACAAGGAAAAGCGUUCUUGGGUUCACUCUCUAGUCAACUUUAUGAGAAUUUGGAUCAUUCACGUUACGACGUUCUGGUAUUAUAUGUCUGCCAACGCUGAUUUCCUCUAUCUCAGCAAGGACCCGCUAGUCGCCGCCAAAGAAAUGCCAGUCCGUAUCUCCGUGGUUGCAUUAGGUGGAGCUGUUUCAACAGGAUUUAUGCUCAUAGGUGGAUUUGCUGAGUUCCUCUAUUUACCAUCCACUAUUAGCAACAUGUGGAAGCUCCUGAGAAGAAUAGCCAUUCUUGUCCUGAUAUUCUGUAUUAACGUUGCACCUACCGUGUUUAUUGCAUAUAAGCAGCGUACCGGUACAGUGUCUUUGAUGUUGUCUCUCGUUCAAUUAGCUCUUGGUAUUGUUACCACGCUUAUCUUUGCGAUUAUCCCAUCUUCGAGUAUAUUUGAGCCCUUGUAUGCCAAUUCAAGAACAACCCUGCCUGAAAAGACGUUUGCUGCAAGCUUUGCUCCUCUUUCAAGAAGUGAUAGGCUUACAUCUAUUGCUCUAUGGAUCUGCGUAUUUCUCUGCAAGUUCCUCGAAUCAUACUUUUUCUUGACUCUCUCAUUCAAGGAUCCUCUUCGUUCUAUGAGUAGUAUGACCAUCAAGAACUGCUCUGAUAGGAUCCUGGGAAACUGGUUGUGUUCUCGUAUGCCUGAAUUCACUAUCUUUCUCAUGUUUGUUAUGGAUAUGACACUCUAUUUCCUGGACACUUACCUAUGGUACAUCAUCUGGAAUACCGUCUUUUCCGUAUCGCAGCUAUUCCACAUGGGAAUUUCAAUAUGGGUCCCUUGGCGAAACAUAUAUUCAAGGCUUCCUAAGAAUAUUUAUUCCAAGAUCUUGUCAUCCUGUACAACUGACGUUGGAUAUGCUCCUAAAGUCUUGUGCUCUCAGAUUUGGAAUGCCGUGAUCAUUGCCAUGUAUCGUGAACAUCUGUUAUCCAUUGACCAUGUUCAUAUGCUGGUUUACAAAACACUGGAAGCAGAGGAAAAGGAUGCACAGCCUGUCCUGAAACCACCGACCUUCUUCUCCGCUUACAAGGAAAAUGCCUUUCUGCCAAAAAAUAGUGAAGCCCAACGCAGAAUGGCGUUCUUCGCUCAAAGUUUGACAAGCACCUCAAUGCCAAAUCCUCCGCCGGUCACCGAGUUACCUACUUUCACAGUUUUAGUACCACAUUACGGGGAAAAAAUCUUGCUUUCUCUUCGCGAGAUUAUCCGCGAGGAAGACCAAAACACACGCGUUACGCUAUUGGAGUACCUCAAACAGUUGCACAGUGUGGAAUGGGAAAACUUUGUCAAGGACACCAAGAUUCUUGCGGAAGAAACUGCCAAUUCCGAUCAAGCAGCAGACGAUAACAACCCUUCUCGACGAAGUUCUGAUGAAAAGGAUGAUCUCCCAUUCUAUUGCAUUGGCUUCAAGUCAUCAGCUCCAGAAUACACACUUCGUACAAGAAUUUGGGCAUCUCUUAGAGCACAGACCUUAUACCGCACAGUUGCUGGGUUCAUGAACUACGCAAAAGCCUUGAAAAUCUUGCAUCGUGUUGAAAACCCAGAAAUGGCCAAACUUUUCGAUGAAGACUUCGAUAAGCAAGAGCAUGAGCUAGACUUGAUUGCGCAACGCAAAUUUCGUUUCGUCAUUGCCAUGCAACGAUACGCAAAGUUCAACCAAGAAGAAGCUGAGAAUGCAGAAUACCUCUUGAGUGUCUACCCUGAUUUACAGAUUGCCUACAUUGAUGAAGAGCCUCCCAAAAUUCCUGGUGAAGAGACUGUAUACUACUCUGUAUUGGUGGAUGGCCGCUGCGAUAUUAUGGAAAAUGGAAAACGUGCUCCAAAGUACCGCAUUCGGCUUCCUGGAAAUCCCAUCUUGGGUGACGGUAAAUCUGAUAACCAGAAUCACGCCUUGAUCUUCUAUCGUGGAGAAUACCUUCAACUUGUUGAUGCAAACCAAGAUAACUACUUGGAAGAAUGCUUCAAGAUUCGCAGCAUCUUUGGUGAAUUUGAGGAACAGAAGCCACUUCAAAAUCCCUACAGUAGUACAACCGCUCAGCAUCCUGUUGCCAUUGUUGGUGCGCGUGAAUAUAUCUUUUCCGAAAACAUUGGCGUACUCGGCGAUGUUGCUGCUGGAAAGGAACAGACAUUUGGAACUUUGACUCAACGAAUUAUGGCUAAAGUCGGUGGCCGAUUGCAUUACGGUCACCCGGAUUUCUUAAAUGCAACCUUCAUGACUACCAGAGGAGGUGUCAGCAAAGGACAAAAAGGACUUCAUCUCAAUGAGGAUAUUUACGCUGGAAUGAAUGCUUUCCUUCGUGGUGGUCGCAUCAAGCACACUGAGUACUUCCAAUGUGGAAAAGGCAGAGACUUAGGAUUUGGUUCUAUCCUCAACUUCACUACAAAAAUUGGCACUGGAAUGGGUGAACAAAUGCUCUCUCGUGAAUACUACUAUCUAGGCACUCGCUUACCGCUUGAUCGGUUCUUGACAUUCUACUACGCACAUCCUGGCUUUCACAUCAAUAACAUCUUGAUCAUGUUUGCAGUCCAGAUAUUCAUGUUCUGUAUGCUCAUGGUAGGUGCCAUGGUAUCCUCCUUACCUCAAUGUCAUCGCGAUCCUGCAAGACCAAACGGGCCGUUGAUUCCAAUAGGCUGCUACAAUUUGAUGCCGGUUUAUGAUUGGAUUACGCGCUGUAUUCUGUCUAUCUUCAUGGUGUUCUUUAUCUCCUUCUUACCACUAUUCCUGCAAGAACUGACAGAAAAAGGGUUCACCCGAAGCAUAAGCAGGCUGGCUCGUCAUUUUAUGUCGCUCUCGCCACUGUUUGAAGUCUUUGUCACACAAAUAUACUCUAAUGCUGUGCUCAGCAACUUGAACUUUGGUGGUGCCAGAUACAUUGCGACAGGUCGUGGAUUUGCAACAACAAGAAUUCCAUUUUCAAUCCUUUACUCAAGAUUUGCUGGACCAAGUAUGUACUUUGGAGCCCGAACAUUGGUGAUGCUACUCUUUGUGACCAUGACACUUUGGAUGCCACAUUUGAUUUACUUCUGGUUCUCCGUUAUUGCCUUGAUUGUGUCGCCAUUCGUGUUCAAUCCACAUCAAUUUGCAUUCACCGACUUCAUCAUCGACUACCGUGAAUUCCUGCGAUGGUUAUCUAGAGGAAAUUCCAAGCCGCAUGCCAAUUCCUGGAUUGCUUAUUGCCGUUUGUCUAGAACUCGGAUCACAGGGUACAAACGAAAGAAGCUUGGAGACCCUAGUGAUAGCAAGACAUCAACUGACAGCCCCAGAGCGCACUUGGCUGUGAUAUUCUUUUCCGAGAUCUUCGCACCUUUCCUCCAAGCUGUUUUCUGCUGUAUUGCAUAUCUGUUCGUCAAGAGUUUCGACCCAGCUGAAAGAUCGCAAACCGCUACUGAGCCUGGUGCAUUGCUUCGUAUCAUUUUAAUGGCAAUAGGACCUAUUGUUUGCAAUGCUGUUACGCUGCUGGCCAUCUUCCUAGCAUCUCUGGUCGUGGGUUGUCUUUCAGGAUCAAGAUUUACUAAGUUUGGAUCGUUCAUGGCUGGUCUUGCGCACUUGUUAUCAGUCGUCACUUUCUGUGGCUUCUUCGAAGUGUUUUGGAUGCUGGAAGAUUGGCGCUUUGAUCGCGUGGUCUUGGGACUGAUCGCGUCGUUUUCUCUUCAACGGCUAGUAUUCAAAUUACUCAUUGCCAUUUUCCUUUCACGAGAAAUUGGCCAUGACGGAACAAAUCGAGGAUGGUGGACAGGCAACUGGAGAGGAAGAAACCUGGGUCGCCAUGCGUUUACACAACCUUUCCGAGAAUUUAUAUGCAAAAUUGUAGAAAUGUCAAUGUUCACCACCGAUUUUAUCAUCGGCCAUAUGGUUCUCUUUGUUCUCUCACCAUUUACUCUGGUCCCAUGUAUUGACCAACUUCAUUCCAUGAUGCUCUUUUGGUUGAGACCAAGAAAGCAAAUCCGACGACCGAUCAUGUCUUGGAGCCAAAGAAAACAACGACGGCGCAUCGCUGUUACCUACGGUCUGUUGUUCUUAGCUACCUUAUUGGCCUUUACUGCACUCCUUUCCGCCCCUCUAUUGGCGAAGUGGUUAGGACCGCAUCUACACAUUCAUCCAGUCGACGUGUGGGUUUAA